AUGUCCACCAUGGAGUGUAUUGAAAAUUUUAAUUGUGUUAUUUGCAAAAAUGAAUAUAAUGAAGACGAUAAAAUUUUAGUACUUCCUUGUCAAUCUAAUCACAAUAUGCAUGUUAAAUGUUCUAAAUAAUGGUUUAAUGUAAAUGAUAAUUGUCCUGUAUGUUAGAAAGAUAUGAAUUAAUAUAUAAAAGAAAUGGAUAUUUGA